AUGAGUCUCGCUAGCAAGAUUGGUCUUAAUGACAUCAAAGUUACUGGACAGCGAGUGCUGAUUCGUGUCGACUUCAAUGUGCCUCUUAAGGAUGGCAAGAUCUCCAACAACCAACGCAUUACGGCAGCAUUGCCCACCAUCCAGCAUGUCAUUAAUAAUGGCGCUCGCUCGGUGGUUCUGAUGAGCCAUCUUGGUCGUCCUGAUGGAAAGGUCGUUCCUAAGCUCACACUCAAGCCUAUUGCCGAGGAACUCAGUCGCUUGCUUUCCAAGCCUGUUACUUUCCUGGACCAGUGCGUCGGAGAGACUGUUGAGAAGCACUGCCAGUCCCCUGCUCAAGGCGAGAUCAUCCUUUUGGAAAACUUGCGUUUCCACAUCGAGGAAGAAGGAUCGGUCAAGGAUGAGGCCGGCAACAAGACCAAGGCCAAGCCAGAGGAUGUUGCCAAGUUCCGUGCUUCUCUUUCCAAGCUUGGAGAUGUCUAUGUUAAUGAUGCAUUUGGCACUGCCCAUCGUGCACAUAGCUCUAUGGUUGGUGUGGACCUCAAAGUAAAGGCUGCUGGUUUCCUCAUGAAAAAAGAACUGGACUUUUUCUCAAAGGCUCUUGAAAACCCCGAAUCUCCUUUUCUUGCUAUUGUUGGAGGUGCCAAGGUUUCUGACAAGAUCCUUCUUAUUGAAAACCUUUUGGACAAGGUGAACAGCAUGAUCAUCUGUGGUGGCAUGGCAUUCACUUUCCUCAAGGUUCUUGAAAAAAUGGAGAUUGGAAAUUCGCUUUAUGAUGCUGCUGGCGCAGAUCUUGUUCCCAAGCUCAUGGAAAAAGCCAAGGCAAAGGGGGUUAAAAUCUACUUACCAUGUGAUUUUAUCACUGCAGACAAGUUUGGUGCUGAUGCAAAUACUGGCUAUGCUACCAAGGCGGACGGAAUUCCUGCCGGAUGGAUGGGUUUAGACCACGGUUCCAAAACUAACGCUGAAUUUGGCAGUGUUGCCGAAUCUUCCAAAACUAUUCUUUGGAACGGACCUGCCGGUGUUUUUGAAUUUGCCAAGUUUGCCUCUGGUACCACUGCUCUCCUUGAGUCGUGCGCCAAAUCCACCAGCAAAGGUGGUUGCACCAUUGUUGGUGGAGGUGACACUGCCACUGCUGUUGCCAAUGCUGGCCGUGAAGCUGACUUCUCGCAUAUCAGCACUGGUGGAGGCGCUUCGCUAGAGCUGCUUGAAGGAAAAAUUCUUCCAGGUGUUGCUGCGCUUUCUAGCCGAACUUGAUUGCAUUUAUUUGAAAUAUUUCAAUAAACUGGCUUGUUCCUGACUGGUU